AUGAAGGAAAACGACGACCAACAACAACAACAACAUGAAGAUAGGCUGAGAAACUUGCAUGAGUGCUUGCUGUUACGGAUUCUGUUGAAUCUCCCAACCAAAGAUGUGGUCAAAUGUAGUGUGUUAUCAAGCGAGUGGAGAAAUGUCUGGAAGUUGGUACCUGGACUAGACUUGGAUUUUGAUGAUUUUCGGGACCACGUUGCUUUCGCGAGCUUUAUCGAUAGGUUUCUGGGUUUGAACAGCGAGUCGCGUCUGCAACAUUUCAAGUUCGCGUACGAACCCGAAGAAGAGGAAGACGAAGUUGAUCUUGUUCGUCUCACCCGGUGGAUCGGCACUGCUGUUGACCGGAAAGUGCAACACCUCCAUGUUUGGUACACAACCGGGAGAGACUAUGAAUUGGAGAUACCUCAAACAGUGUACACUUGUGAGAGCUUGGUAUCCUUAAACCUCCGUGGGGUUUGCUUGCCUAAUCCCAAAAUUGUUUCUUUACCUUGUGUCAAAGUGAUCACUCUAGAUUUGGUUAGGUUUACAAGGGAUUGGGGUUUAGUAUUGCUCAUCUCAGGCUGCCCUCUCCUCAAAAGCUUUACACUAACCGAUCCUCUAUUCAGCAUUGCUUCUUUUGAAGAUCUAGUAGUUGCAGUUGAUGCCCCUAGGCUUGAGUAUCUCAAGAUCUUUGAUUAUUUUGCCCAAAGUUUCAUGAUACACAGUCCCGGUUCCCUUGCUGAAGCUGAUAUCGGUAUCGCGUUUAACGUGCUCUGCAAAAACAGGUUUGAUCCGGAUAAUCUAACAAUGAGAAACAUGAUUCGUAGUUUUCUCAUGGGGAUCUCUAGUGUCAAAGUCAUGAACAUCCAUACGUAUUUUCUCGAGGCCAUUUAUAAUAACUCGAGACGCCAACGACUGCCUCUGUUUCCUAACCUCACUUCCCUGCGUGCUGUCGUGGAUGACUGCAGAUGGGAAAUGUUGCCAAUCUUUCUUGAGAGCUGCCCCAAUCUUAAAGACCUUUCCUUGGUAUAUCAAAUGUAUGGAGGAGAGGAAGUUAUUAAUGUCCCCGGACCUCGGUGUUUCCUACCAUGUCUCGAGUCUGUUGAGAUAAAAGAAGAGUCGUCAAGAAGAAUUAUAACCGAGGCGAGGGUGAUAAAAGUCAUAAAACUAGCGACUUACUUCCUGGAGAAGUCAACAAUCCUCAAGAAACUCAUUCUAUCUUUACGUCCUAAUAACAGAAAGAAGAGACCAUAUGCCUUCCUCAAGGAACUCCUCAAAAUUCCGAAACUCUCUCCCUCAUGCCAAGUUGUUGUUCUCCGAUCCUGUCAAUGA